AUGGGCCGGGUGAGUACCAAGAUCAUUUUCUUUGAAGACAAGAGCUUCCAGGGUCGACGCUACGACUGUGACAGCGACUGCGCAGACUUCCAUGUCUACCUGAACCGCUGCAACUCCAUUCGUGUGGAGAGUGGGGCAUGGGUGGUCUAUGAGAGACCUAACUUCACUGGAAACCAGUAUGUUCUGACCAGAGGAGAGUACCCAGAAUACCAACGCUGGAUGGGUCUCAAUGACCGUCUCGGCUCCUGCAAGAUGAUCCAUAUUGCAAGUGGUGCCCAGUAUAAGAUCCAGCUUUAUGACAAGGGAGACUUUGCUGGCCAUGUUUAUGAGUCCACUGAAGACUGUCCAUCAGUGUUGGAGCGGUUCUGCACCUGUGAGGUCCACUCCUGCAAGGUCGUGGAGGGUGUAUGGGUGCUCUAUGAGCACCCCAACUUCAGGGGCCGCCAGUACCUGCUAGAGAAGGGGGAGUAUCGGAAACCUGUUGAAUGGGGCGCAGUUAGUCCCACAGUUCAAUCCUUCCGACGCAUUACAGAGUGA